UAAUAACAACAUUAGGAUUGAGAAUUGCUUAACACUUAAAUUAUCAUAUAAAAAUCAAAAUUCUACAUAUUAACUAAUCAAUCAAAAUGAAGCGAAAACCAAAAUUUAAGGAUGCGCUCGACUAUAUUUACAUCUCCGACGACAGCGACUCCAACACUUUCCUCAUAUCCAGCAAUGGCAGAGGUGGUAGCCUUGCGAACGCAAUUAGCGCUACGGCAACAACAGUCGUGACUCUCGCAAGCGCCGUCAUAAUUGACAAAACAACUGCCUCGGACAACUACAAUGGCGUUGCGGUGGACAUGGGCUCAAUGCUCCUCAAUAAUACAUUGGAAGAUAAUAACACAAGCUUCUUCGGCGAAAAUGUCAACGGAAGUGACCUUAUGGCAAAUUCCACUGAAACUGAUACGAGCAGCGAUGACCUGGCGAAUUUAUUGAAAAUGGCAGUAACAUCAGUGGUAUUGGGCCUGAUGAUACUCAUUACUAUUAUUGGUAAGUAA